AUGGUGGGUGCCGUGAUCGAGAAGGUAAGCGGCCGCAAGCUGGCGACGCUGUGCUUGGCGCUGCUGCUGCCGCUGCUGCUCUGUUUCCUGCUGGGCGGCCUGCUGGCGCCAGCGCCGUCCACCUCGCAGAGCGUGCUGGGUACCAAGUGCAUCGACCGCGACCAGCACCCGCACCACUGGUUCCAAGUCUGGGGCAUCCCAUCCCAGCAUAAGCGCUGCGAGAUGGUCGACCUCAUUGAGGAGCUGAUGGGCACAGGCAUCACGUCCGAACAGGUGGUGUUCGCCUUCCAGAUGCCACUGCGCAGGGGCCAGAUGCUGGACUUCACGCGUUGGCAGCAGAACCUCAUAGGCGUGCUGCAGCUGGACAUAGCUUACGACGUCAGGUGCGAGCCGGCCCCCAACGCCACGCUCACGCUGCACGUGCGCCUCGGCUAUAAGAACAAGGGCGACAAGACGGAGGACUGGAGCGAGCUGGCCGCUUCGGUGGAGGAGCGCCACCUGGACUGCGAGCUGGAGCCGGAGCACAAGUACCAGUACAGCUGCCAGCUGGUGCCACUCUUCGAGCUGGGCUCGCUGCACCACGACUACUACCUGCUCAAUCUGCGCAUGCCCACCGACGUGUAUACCGGCCUUAACGCCGACAUUGGCAAGCUGGUCGACGUCCACUUGGUGGCCAUCUUCCAGAACGGCGGCUUCACCAAGGCGUGGGUAGCCAUGAAGACGACCUUCUUACCGCUGGUGGUGCUGCUGCUGAUCUGGUUCUGGCGGCGCGUGCAGGCGGUGCCGCGCGAGCCGGCGCUCAUUCAAUGCCUCUUGCUGACGCUGGGCGUGGCGCUGUGCGUACUCAACCUACCGCUGGAGUUCCUGACGCUGCGGUUCGACAUGCCGUACAUGCUGCUCAUCACCGACAUCCGGCAGAGCGUGUUCUACGUGGUGCUGCUCUCGUUCUGGCUGGUGUUCGCCGGCGAACACCAGCUGGUAUCGGACGACUGCGAACGCAACCGGCUGGCCGCCUACUGGAAGCACCUGUCGGCCGUCGCCUGCGGCUGCCUCUCCCUCUUCAUCUUCGACAUGUGGGAGCGCGGCGUGCAGCUGACCAACCCGUUCUACUCGAUCUGGGGCACCAAGGUGGGCACCAACCUGGCGCUGAGCUUCAUCGUCAUGGCCGGCGUGUCGGCCGGCCUCUACUUCUGCUUCCUCUGCUGGAUGAUCUGGCGUGUGUUCUGCAACAUCAGCAUCAAGCGUCAGGCGCUGCCGGCCAUGUCGUCGGUGCGCCGGCUGCACCACGAGGGCAUCAUCUGCCGCUCCAAGUACCUGAUGCUAGCUACGCUGGCCUGCGCCGCCAUGACAGUGAUCGGGUUCAUCCUGGGCCAGGUGGCCGAGGGCUCCUGGAAAUGGGACAGCGACAUCCCGCUCGAGUACACGUCGGUCAUCUUGACCGGCGUAUACGGCAUGUGGAAUGUCUACACGAUGGCCGUCAUCUGCCUGUACGCGCCGUCGCACAGGCGCUGGCCGGCGGCCUCGCUCGGCAUCCUCGACCUGAUCCAGGUGCUCGUCGAGACGCUGGACAAGUCUUUUGAGGACGUCUGCGGGCUGGACCUGGUCUUCCACGUCAUCAAGGUUAGCUGA